UCUCCAUGGCAACCUUAGAUGAAAUUUUGUUUAAUCAAUAACUUGGUCAGAGCGAUCCAGAGAAAAAGGAUAGCAUCCCCCAAGAGAUGGCUGAAAGGGAAAAGAAUGUAAUUUAUCCGGAAGAAGUGGAUUUCCACGUGAAAAGUUUACGGAAGUAUCGAGUGGCUGACAUUGGGAAGACUCUCUGGUUCACCAAUCACGAAGUUCUCGUGAAAAUUCAUCAGCAAGCCGUCCUGGAGGCUACGGAAGCCAGUACCGGACGCGAAGAAGUCAUGAAAGAUGCCCUAAUUCUCGAAGAAAAACUCAAAAUCUUCAUCCACAAUGCCUAUGCGAUCCUCGUGUGGAGGCACAAGGUCCUUCCGGAAGUGCUGAAGCAAAAACUAAGCCCACAAUGUUCCUUCAUCAUUUACACAAUUUUCUUCCACGAAGCCACUCUUGUAGGGCUCCUGGAGACACUUCUCUUCCACCCCGAAGCUUGUGAGGCUCUCGAGGAGACAUCUCUGGAUUUAAUUGAUUACUGCCUUCAAGCAAUAAUUCAAUUGAUUGCAGAAAAGGAUGCCGAAGGAGCUGCAGAGAAUGAGGAAGUUUCCGUUAAGGAAGAAAUUGAGAAAUAUCAGCGCACUCUGCAAUUUCGCAUUGGAAUCCGUUGCCUGAGUAUCCUCAGCUUCCUUGUGGAUAAUUUGGAGAAGAUUUCUCUGAGUGCUGUGAGUCGUUUAGUUGAGAUUCACGACACUCCGUGCGUUCUCAGUGAAAUCCUCCAUAUUAGACCAUGGAUACGGCAUGGAAAGGAUAGCAUUGAGCACUUCAUGGACGAUGAAUGGCGUCCUGUGUGUGGGGAAGAAGUCAUGCGUGUCACAAAGGCUGAAGCUCACACGUGGUUCUGCCUCCGGGAGUUUUUACUCAAUCCUCGCCUUCUGGGCAGCUAUGAUGUUACAAGCUUUCGCCAGAGGGAGAUUUCCAAAUGCCAAGGAUUGCUUCAUGAUGUACUAAUUGAUCAAUUGCCACCACUGGGGGAUCUUAAGCAAUUCCUGGUUACAUUUGCCGUUGCCAAGGAAACUGGAGAAGGGGCGAAAAAGGCAAAGAAACUCCUCCUGGAGGAACUUCCGGAAAUCCGGGAGAAGCUUCUGCGGGAAGUGUAUGAAAAGGGGCUGGAGAACAUUGUGAGGGAGCACCUGAAGGUUCUUUCAUUUGAAGGAAGCCAGAAUAUGUCUGAGAUUGCCUCAAAGCUGACCAAAGCCUACAAUCUUGACGCCUUGGAGGAUCUCUAUAAGCAAGAAGACGUCAAGAGGCGCUCCCUAGACCCAUUAUGUGCUCUCUGUGGAGCCUCUGCUCCGAAGAAAUGCUCAAAAUGCCGCAGCAUCCACUACUGCUCCCGGGAAUGUCAGAUGAAUCACUGGAAAGCCCAUAAACCCUUCUGCAGGAAAUAAAGAAAAACUUUAAUCUUCUUAAAGGAAAUUCCUUUAUUUUAUUCAUCCACAAUUUUCUUCCGGGCUUAACUCU